UGAAAUGUGGAAGAUUCGCAUGGAGUCUCUCUUAUCCGGUCUUACUCCACACGCACAAUAUACCCAGAUAAUGCUAGCAAUGAGUGACACCGCACUACGUCGUGCUAUCGCUGGGGGCUUCUCCGCGUCCAAACCCAUCAGCUACAACUGGCGUGUCCUCGACGAAUGUUUUGCCAAAACCUCCAGCCCUUCGGUGUACAUGCACACCUUUCUCAGCCGCUGUCAAGAGCCCGGCGAAACAGCGUUCGAUUACCUGCAUCAACUCCGCGAGAUGGCAUCGCGCGCAUUUCCCAACCUUCCCAACCCGAACCAAGAUGAUGUUAUCUGUAGCCGUUUUGCCCAAGGUGUCUCAUCAUAUGAGCUCAAGUGCCAACUUCUACGCCAGCCAGCAAAAUCAGUCUCAGAGGCCAUUGAGGUGGUAAAGCGAUUCGAGAGCGUCGAGCAUAUUCUCACUCCAACUGCCAGUACGCCCUGCUAUGCUCUCGGGACCACCGAGCGAAGAACAACCGUCCCAGCACCACGACAACGCCGGCCUAAUGCUCCAUCGUCAAACCAACCUCCAAUUCCGUCCCAGCAGCAUGAUGACCCCAGUAAGUGCUAUUACUGUCGCCGGUUCGGGCGGCGAGCAUGGAAAUGUGGGCAUAACAAAAAACCGCAAGGUGAGCCAUGUUCUGAUGUGUCAUUAUUUGAUAAUUGCUCGAAAUCUCCCCUCCUCCUUGAAGGUAAACUCCAGGGCACUGACGUCACUUUUCUGGUGGACACCGGGGCAUCAUCCUCUGUUGUUCGCACGCAAUUGGUCCAGACACUUGGGGUCAAACCUCAACCUCUCCCCAAUCAGCUCCAGUUAAUUACCGCCAAUGGAGCCCCUAUCAAGGUAACGGACAUGGCCACACUUUCCGUGACGUUCCCAGGUUUUACUUGUGUUCAGUCAUUCGUCAUUUGUGAUGUCAUACGAUGGGACGCCAUACUGGGCGUGGACUUCUUAACUGAAAAAAACGCUGUCAUUGACCUAAGACGCUUUCGAAUUCGGCUGGGGACACAUAACCUCGCAUGUCGCCGACCAGUCAACCGCAACCAGAGUGCUAAUGUUUGUGCUUUACCCAGAUGACAGUGGUGAACAUCCAUGAUAACCCCCACCUCAGUCUAAAAGACCGUACCGACACCCUGGCCCUGCUACAGGAGUACAGUGUGUAUUUGACGAUGGGCAAGUGAUGGGGCGGACUAAUAUCGUACAGCACGAGAUUCAGACAGGUGAUAACUUGCCCAUUAGGACGCCACCGCGACGAGUGCCCAUUCAUUACCAACAGCAGUUGGAUACCAUGAUAACAGAUAUGUUACGAAAGAAGGUGAUUAAACCGUCUACGUCACCGUGGGCAUCUCCAAUCGUUCUUGUGAAAAAGAAAGAUGGUUCUCUCCGCCUCUGUGUCGACUAUCGCCGCUUAAAUGCAAUCACACAACGGGAUUCUUUUCCUUUGCCUCGCAUCGACGCUACCUUAGAUGCUUUAGGUGGGGCACAGUGGUUUUCCACACUAGAUCUCGCUUCCGGCUAUUGGCAAGUUGAAAUUCGCCCAGAAGACCGCCCCAAAACUGCGUUCGUUGUGCCUACGGGGCUGUACGAAUUCGAAACCAUGCCAUUUGGCCUGUCUAACGCCCCUGCUACGUUUCAACGGCUCAUGCAAACAGUACUUGCAGGGCUAGUCCCCAAACAGUGCCUCAUCUACCUGGACGAUAUCAUCGUGUUCGGCCAGUCUCUCGAAGACCAUCAUGCCAACCUUCGCGCCGUAUUUCAACGCUUACGCGAGAGUAACCUUAAGCUGCAAGCCUCAAAAUGCAAAUUCCUGCAGAAAUCUGUUAUUUUCCUUGGACAUGAGAUUACUCCACAAGGAGUACAUACGGAUAGCAGCAAAACUCAAGCAGUUGUUAACUGGCCGACCCCUAAAUCGACCGCUGACGUACGCAGUUUCAUGGGACUCGCCUCCUAUUACCGGCGUUUCGUCCAGAAUUUCGCCAGUAUAGCAGCCCCUCUCCAUCGAUUGACAGAAAAAGGACGGAAAUUCGUUUGGACAAAUGAGUGCCAGGUAGCCUUUGACACGCUUAAAAAAUGUCUAACUUCUCCCCCUGUCCUAUCGUUUCCAGACACAUCGGCUGGUAGCGGGCCCUUCAUUCUGGAUACCGACGCCAGUGCACAUGCAAUAGGAGCCGUUCUCUCGCAAACAACCUCUGACGGACAAAUACGAGUGAUAGCAUAUGCUAGUCGAAUGCUAGACAAAAGAGAGACGCGGUAUUCGACGACGCGACGUGAGAUGCUAGCCCUCGUCUACUUCCUCUCCUACUUUCGUCAUUACUUAUUGGGGCGCAAAUUUCGAGUCCGGACUGACCACAAGGCGUUACAGUGGUUGCAAAAUUUUCGUGAUGCCGACGGCCAACUUGCCCGCUGGCAGGAACGGUUACAGGAGUUUGAUUUCACUUGUGAAUACCGGCCUGGAAAACGACAUGGUAACGCCGACUCUCUCUCUCGCCUGCCCGAUUGCGAGAACACACUGAAUGUGUUACUCGGUGCUGCAGCUGACACCGACUGGGCCUCCCUGCAAGCGGCGGACACAACGAUACAGCCCAUUUAUUUACGUCAACAGCAUGGGAACGAUAAACCGACGUCCAAAGAACUACGGGAUUUACCAGCAGCCACGCGGUGCAUCUGCGAGAAGUGGGGUUUACUACGACUUAUAGAUAAUGUUCUUUACAUAGUGGAACCAAAUGCCAACCCCCGACUCCUCGUCCCAACUGUUAAAGUACCCGAGCUUAUUAGUCAGGUGCAUCAUCAACUGGGACACGCUGGCCAACAGAAAACUGAACACGCCAUCCGUCAACGCUUCUGGUGGCCACUUAUACACCAUGAUGUUAUGGAGUUUUGCCGCAAUUGCGCUAUAUGUGCGCAGAUCAAACAGCCUAAGCCAACUCCCCGAGCACCCCUAGUACCUAUGCUGACCGAAGCCCCUAAUCAUCGAGUUGGAGUCGACAUCAUUGGGCCAGUACCAACAUCGAGACGCGGGAAUCGUUAUAUACUUGUCAUGGUCGACUAUUUCACCAAGUGGUGCGAAGCAGUCCCCUUGCAGCAACAAGAUGCCCUGACGAUCGGGCGAGCUUUCAUCGACAACUGGGUGUCCCGUUUUGGUGCCCCUCUUUAUCUACACUCUGAUCAAGGCGCUGCUUUCGAGAGUCUUCUUAUCUCUCACAUCUGCAAUGCUUUCGGCAUUCGAAAGACCCAUACUACGCCUUAUCAUCCACAAGGGAAUGGACUGGUGGAACGCACCAACCGAACCAUCAAGCAUCUUCUUCGUGCCUUUUUGCACAACGCACCGGAGAACACCUGGGACGAUGUCCUGCCUCAAUGCUUGCUUGCAUACCGCUCCUCCGUGCAUUCGUCGACCGGAUUUUCCCCGGCUCUACUCUUGUUUGGGCAUGAACUUCGCCUUCCUGUUGAGAUCCGGACACCGUUGCUACCAUACGAGAAGAUCGACUGUAUUCCCUACGUCCGCAACCUUCGUCACCACCUCGACACAGCCUACAACCUAACACGUCGACAUCUGCAGUCUUCUUCGCAGCAUCAGAAAAGCAACUAUGAUCGGUUUGCCCACGGACCAACCUAUUCCCCGGGUGACUACGUCUGGCUUCAUCGGCCGUCAGUCCCUGCCGGUUCGUGCCCCAAGUUCUACGCCCCCUGGAAAGGCCCAUAUGAAAUCGUACAACACCGACCUCCAACUACAUAUGUCCUGCGGAACUUGCGACGCCCCCAGGAAAAUCUCAUCUCAGCACAUUACAACCAGCUGAAACCACACUGUCCACCAGCUGUCAAAGAACCGUCGACAUCUUCGCAACCGCCACCAGCUACGACCUACUUCGAGGUGCCCACUGAUGGAGGUAGUGCAUACCCUAUACCGCCGCCAGGCACUGAGGACAGUGCCUCCAGAGGGGAGGGAGCGAUGUAAUGAUAUAAAAACUAACAUGACAUCACUAAAUGAGUCUCCUGUUUCCUCUUUUUCAGAUAAGAACGCUGGCCUGGCCGUGCUGGAACAGGUGGAGGACCGUUUGUCUAACCUUGUUAUAAAUGACAAUGAUUAGCUUGUACCCGGGCAAUUCGAGCCCUGCGUGCUGGAAAUAUAGACCUUCCUCUCGC